UACCCUCCUCUGCAGUACUGACAUACUUUGCAUACAUUGUUUUUUUUUCUUUGAUAAUACACUCUGAAAAGCUAGCAUGACAUGGCCAAUACCUUUCUUCCCUUAAUGAAGGAAUGCAAGAUACUGUUCAUCAAAAUUGGAAGUGCUUACACCCUGAAACUGGUAAAUACUUCAUUUCUUCUCUUCCUGAGCUAAACCAGUUCAUUGAUGGAUGGAUACUGCAGAAAUAUGAAACAAGGACAUCAAAAAAUAUAUUAGUAAGGAAGAUUCAAUGAUGUUUUUAUACUACAGCAAGGACAGUGAUGGCAAUGUAAAGAUACAGCUAAUGCAAUAACUGUUUUGUGGUGCAUUAAAACUGAGGUCAUGUCAUAUGACUGAUUCUUUGAUGACCUGCUCAUCGUCAUUAUGAAGGUUAACAUUCGUCCUACUUGUCCUUCCUUCUCCAAGACACUUGAUGAAGAAUGGACUGUCCAGUUGCCAGGAGAGCUCCAGAAUGGACAGAUUCUUGCUUCUGUUGUUGCCUGCAACUCAUAUUCAUCAGAAGGAUUUGAUAUUCAAGGCUGUGUAGAAAAACUAAAGUCAUUUGGAAUUGAGAUUGAAGAAGAGGAGUGCAAAGCUGUCAUCUGCAAUUCUGCAAUGGACCCCCAAAUAAGAAGAUACAUGUUCUUCAGUUCUAAUAUGUUUCUGAUAGUGAUUGCUGUGGCAUGUUACCUGACUAUGUGGGCAAAUAUCUACUCGAUUGUUGGAAUGUUUCCAUUUGGAAGUAUGUGGUUUACCGGCAUUUUCAUAACCAUUAUUGCAGCUGCAUUCACUGGAGUGAUUCUACUGUACAUUGCAUGGCACAACAAAAAGGUACCCAAUAUCCACUCUGAAAUUUUACUGAAAUUCUCUAAAGAUUCUACAACUUUUCUAAUCAAUUCUGUGAACCAGCGAGAGCUUGAUUUAGCUAUGGAUAUAAACACAGAUCUACAUUUGGCAGCUGUGAAUGAAAACUGGAUGAAACGUAAUUUAUUAGUAGGCAUAACAGAUGUCAUGAACAACUACACAAAUGCCGUGCAACUGUGUUUUGUCUACUUCAACUUGCAAAAGUGUUUGCAUUCCCUGUCGGACUUUCUGGACCAAGUUAUGAAAAACAAAAAGUUGCAGCUGAAACAAAAGCUUCAGCAUUUGUGCAUUGUAACUGAGAACAUAAUCAUCCCACUGAAUGAUGAAGGAAAGACAACUGCUACAACAGAAGAUUCCCCCCUUUUAUCUAGCACUGGAAGCAACAAUAAGAAAUUAACUUACAGAGAAACUGUUCAACUUAUUCCAGAAGGAACUUCUGAGAUUUAUGUGAAUGCUUUUGUUUCUGGAGGGUAG